ACGACCUGGUCAAGCGGGCUGUUCUCCAACGCCUCAACAUCAAAGGGAAACACACCUGAUGCGUUUCCAGGAAUACCGGAGGCCACGGGAGACUGACCCCAGGGUGGUCGUCCAGAAACUGUGGGACCACAUGGUGCACUGGCUCAACCCUGCGCAAAAGACCGGUGCACAGAUGGGCGAGGCAAUGGUCCUGGAGCAGUUCUGCCAUGUCGUCGGCACAGAUACACAGGACUGGGUACGGCUGCAUAACCCAGACACCCUGGAGGCCGCCAUCAAACUGGCGGAGGAUUUCGAGGACGCCCGGGCUUCCAUCAAGACCGGACUACUGACCCGUCUUCCUCCUCUCACCAGCCGAGGAGCAGCGCCUGCAGCUGCACCACCACUAACACCUCUUCCCCUGGGACCCCGACCGGCUAAAACACCGAUCCCAAUGGGCCGACCCUCCUCCUCACCAUGGUUGGCCCCAGUUGGGGUAGAUUUACUACCCCAACCUACUGCAUUAUCAGCAGCGGGACAGACUGCUAACCCCAGUGCCUUCUGCCCCGAUCAUCUGUUUUAGGUGCCAUGAACCUGGACACAUCGCCCGUCUGUGCCCCUCGGCAAUGGAGUGCAACAUGGUAAUGUGCAAUUUGGCAUCUGAAGCAGGUAAAGAACGGGGAAAUGGUCGAGAGGGGCCUUGUAAUAUUGAUGUAAUGGUUGGUAAUGUGAGUACCCAGGCUUUAGUGGACUCAGGGUGUGCACAGACCUUAAUUCUAUUAGCUCUCUUAGGCGGUGUGCCAUGGUGGCCACAAGGCAAGAUGGUGAUCUCCUGUAUCUAUGGGGAUAUGGCGACAUACCGCACCCUAAAAGCAUCCGUGUCGAUAGGUCAGACACAACGCUACCUCACCGUGGGGGUGGUGGAAAGGCUGCCGCACCCCGUAAUUCUGGGCCGGGACUGGCCACAGAGUCAGCAAUUAAUCCAAAAGGCAGUCCCGACUGCAUGCGUAACCGUGGCAGAUAAAGCAGGGGAAACAAUUGGUGAGAUUUUCCCCAGGACCAGAAAAAUGACCCCACA